UAUUAAACAAGUUGUAAAGGAGUAUAUGAGAAAUUGAACGAAAUAGUUUUCCUACUAAAAGAAAAGAUGUAAGAGAAAUAAGAGGGACAAAAGAAGAGAGAAAGAAAGAAGAAAAAUAAUGUCCUUCUAAAGAAGAGGUGACGCUUUCUGUUAUUAACGACAAAAUGUUAUGUAGGGUAAAAAUCGACAAAAUGCCACAAAAAGUAAUGCGAAAAAAUGUCACUAAGGGGUAAAAUCGACAUUUUGUCACAAAUGAUAAAAUUUAUUUUGGCGUUGUGUUAAUUUUCUUGGCGUUAAUUUUAUUUGGUGUUUUGCCAAUUUAUUUAUCAAAAAGUUAACUUUUUUGCUUAUUUUUUUCUGUGUUUUUCGUUCUUUUUCGUUUUUUUUUGACUCAUUUUUGACUCAUUUUCCUCAAAUUUUUUCAAUUUUAGAGAGGUUUUCCAGAGGUUUUUGAAGAUUAAAAUGGCUGACCAGCAAGAUAUGACUCCAGAUUCAUUUUUAAAAGAUGAGAACGAAAAGAAUCCUGGAUCGUAUGAUGAAUUGCACAGGUUUUUGUUGAAUUUUAUGUUUAAUUUUAUUGUCUAUUUUGCUUGUAGAAAGUGCAAAGAAUUGUUCCCGGUCUGUUUUGAAGGAGCUAAAGGAAUGGUUCAAAAACCGUUGAGCCAGCGUUUUCAGAUUUCUCAUAGUAUGAGCAUUUCUCAAGCGGCCACAGGUUAUCGUUUGGGAGCUACUUAUGUUGGCACUAAACUAACUGGUCCAGGCGAGGCAUUUCCUGUUUUGUUGGGUGAUAUGGAUUUGUUUGGGAAUACUGCUGGGACUAUUAUACAUCAAAUUGGACGAUAUCGGAUGAAGUUACAAGGACAAGUUCAAAUGAGUAAAUUAGCUGCUGCACAAGUUUCACUUGAACGGCGUGGACGCCUUUCAACAAUCGGAAUGACUUUGGCAAAUUUAAAUCCAUUUAAUGGUAAUGGUGUUUUUGUUGCCCAAUAUCUUCGAAGGCUGACUGAACGAUUAGAUUUGGGUGCUGAAUUUGUUUAUCAGAAGGAUCCGAGAAUGCCAGGAGGUCAAAUCAGCGCCCUUUCUUAUGCUGCUCGUUAUACUAUGCCUGAUUAUAUAUUUUCUGGAUCUACAGCAAUUAAUUCUGCUACAGCUUCUUUUACUACAGCUCAUUUAUGUUAUUACCAUAAACAGAGUGAUCAUUUGCAAUUUGGUGUUGAAUUGGAAGCGAAUUUUCGUAUGCAGGAUGUAAAUACGACAUUUGCUUAUCAAAUAGAAAUUCCCGAUUCAAUAAUUUUACGUGCUUGUUGUGAUACAAAUUGGACUGUUGGAGCUGUUUUAGAAAAGAAAUUAUCAAAACAAUUUCCUUUUACUUUAGCCUUAAGUGGAAUGCUCAAUCAUGUUAAAUCACAGGGAAGAUUUGGAAUUGGAUUAAUUGUUGGUUGAAAAUUUAAGAAAUAUUUUUCAAAAUUUUUUAGUGAGAAACUCAAUAAAAAAAAUUAAUUUAAGAAAAAAAUAUUGCUAUUUUUGUGGUAAAUUUGUAGGGUGACAUCCUUUCUUCCUUCAUCUAUUCCAAAAUUACCCUCCAUUUGUAGAUGGCAAAAAAAAAACAAUCUUUCUUAAAGGAUUCAAUUAUUCAAGGUCUAUCCUUCUUCCACUUGAAGAGGUCUUAUAUUAGAGAGAGGAGAGAAGACAGGCCUCUAGCUCUUUCUUUUUUACUCAUCCAC